GGCGGGCAGCGGGAGCGCAUCACUUUUCUGUUUCGCCCUCGACUCCGGCGCGCAGGACCGCCGCUUUAAUUGGAUCCCUCCGGCGCUGUUUUCCUUCUCCAAAGCCUUGCGUUUUCGGUUCGUGCCGUCUGCUACACCUGCCUGCCAAAGCUGCGGAGCGCCGAUGGGCGCGGCUGGGAGCGGUGCCCGGGCCUCUCUGUUUGGACUUGUCUGCUGAAGUUGAGUGAAAAGCGCACAAAAGGACGCAGGAGUUGAAGAACAUCCCCGCACGGAGCGGCAGCCCCACUUUAAACGCGGACCAUCCUGAGAGGACUGCCUGGCUCACUGUCGACUCAAGAUAAGAUGGGAUGGACGAGUUAACAAGGCUCAUGGACUUCUCAGAGGAAAAGGUCGUGACUGAAACUUUCAGCUCCACCACCAGACUGACUUCUCUCCCGCCGAAGGGAACCAGCGGAUCAAAUCACAGGAAUAUGUCCAGCAGUGCUGGAGGGCUGGGCUUGGAGAAGAAUGUCUUAACCCAGAACAGCAGUGGAACCUACUUCUCUUCAUCCUCUGUGGGGCUGAACCCUGGAAGCUACAGCUCCUCGUCCGGGAUCUUCUUCGGAGGAGGAGACUCCUCAGGUGGAGGCGAGGGAGGGGGGAGCUACCUGGAUGGAGACGGAUAUGGCAGCGGAGGUGGAGGGCGUGGAGGAGGAGGAGGAGGUGGUGGGAGUUACAUGGUGAGCUCGGUGUCAAAGGUCAGGACCAGCUCGUCCGGCGGCGCCAGGAGAGUGCCGACUGCCAGCUCAUCGGGGGGUCUGUCGCCAGGGUUCCGGGAGAGGAAGAUCGUGUCCAGCCGCUCGGGAGGCUAUGACGGAAGCUCCAGUGCAAAUUCGUCCCCCGAAUUCACACGCAAAGAUUAUGGAAACUAUUGCUCCGGCGCCACCAGAGGGAGGAGCGAAAGCAGAGAGAGCGAGAUCAGAGCCAGAUUACAGAGCGCCUCCCCUACCGCCUCCAGAUGGACGGAGCUGGACGACGUGAAGAAGCUGCUGAAGGGCCGCUCCAACAGCGUCAGCCCCACCCGCUCCUCCAGCGCCUCCGUCACUCUGCCCGUCCCGAAAAAAGCCAGCGUGGAGACCCGGACGGUGUCCGUGGCCUCUCAGUCAGAGAUUUCCUCUGCGUACGGUUCUGGUGUGAGGUCCGGAGGGUUCAACACUAUCGACCUGUCCGGCCUGUAUGACACCGCUCUGACCACCGGGCAGCUGGACACCGGUGUGAAAUCAGGCCAGUACGACAUCACGGUGAAAUCCAGCCACUACGACUCCGGUGUCAAGUCCAGCCAGUACGACGGCGGCCUCAAGUCGGGACAGUUCGACGUCGGGGUUAAGUCGGGGCCGUUUGACACGGGCGUGAAGUCGACCCGCUAUGAGACGACCACGGUGCGGUCGGGGGGGUACGACACGCUGGACUCCGCCGUCCCGACCUUCUCCUGGUCCACCACCACGCUGCCCGCCGGCUCCACCACCGUGAUCUCCGGCAGCACCAACACCUACACCUACCAGACCAACAACAUAUCCGGGGGCACCCUGCCGCUCACCCCCACCUCGCCCUCCUCGCUGUCAGUUUACGGCUUUCAGAACAACCUGGCGCCGACAUCCGGCAGUGUGCUCACCACCAGCGGAGCCAACGUCAGCGCCAACCUCGCAGGAUACGGCGUCCAGAAGAACGUGUCCAACGGCGGCGCGGUCAUCGGCACCGGGGUCUCCACAGCCACAAGAACUCAGUCUGAGGAUUCCUUCAAGAGAGACUACAAGUUCUCCCUCUGUGAUAAGGAGAACGUCUCAGGAAAGAAGGGCCAGGAGACAGAAAUGCUCAUUCUGGCCAAAGACAGCGGGAAGCAGUUCACCAGCAGCAGCAGCGUUCAUGUAGGAGGAGGAGGGUCGCUUUCAGGAGAUUCCAUAAAGAAGGAGAAGCUGAUUUCCAGCUACAGCGAGACGGUUCCGCUGAAGGCAGAGACGGGCAACUUUCAAUACGGGUCUGGGUCUGGUGUUGUCAUGAAAGACAAAGCCACCUAUGCAGAGAUUCACCGGGACAGCGGCAUAUUCGGAGGCGGAGGAUUCUGCUGCUGCUCGGACUCCUGCUGCUCCUGGUGGAAGUGGCUGCUGGGUCUGCUCCUGCUCUCCCUGCUCCUGCUCGGACUGCUGUUCGGCCUCAUCGCUCUGGCUGAGGAUGUGAGGAAGCUGAAGAACCGUGUGGCGGCUCUGGAAUCUGAGUCCGCCGUCACAUCGGCGAGAACCAGUAAAUUCUCCGGUACCAAGAACGACAUCUACCUGAACGGCGCCGCUGGAGCUGGAGCAGGCGGCGGCGUUGACAACACGAUACUGCUGGGUGGUGGAGCUGGCAGCAGCGGCGGCGGCGGGUCUACGACACGAGUCGGUGUCGCUGUUGGUGCUGGCGGCGGCGGAGGCGCUGCUGGAACCAACCAAGUCGACGUAGGACUCAGCGGCGGUGCCGGGUCUGCUGGAGGUGGCGGAGCAGUGGCGGGAGCUGGUACUGCUGCCCGAGCUGGAACCGUCGGCAGUUCUGCAGGCGGAGCCGGUGGCGCCACGUCUGGCAGUGGCACCGUCGUCGGGACGGGCGUGAGCGGCGGAGGAUCGUAUAUAGACGCAGCUUAUCUGCAGAUGGCCAUCCAGAACAUGCUGAGGUCCGAAAUGCAGUCGCAGGCAUUCAGAGCUUUGCUGACGUCCACUGUGCAGUACGAGAGAGGACAGCCGGGACCCAAAGGUGAUGCAGGUUACCCUGGACCUCCAGGUCCUCCUGGUGUGAUUGGACACACUGGCCCCGAGGGGCCCAAAGGACAGAAAGGAAACACAGGCGAUCAUGGACUGGAGGGGCAGCAGGGCUUGCGGGGUCGUGAGGGCCCGACCGGCCCCAGAGGCGAGCCGGGACUUCCAGGAAUUGGAAUGAAGGGUGACAGAGGAGCUCCAGGAGAUCCCGGUGUUCCUGGACCUGUGGGCAGCCCCGGACCGAAAGGUGAAUCAGGAUUUGGACUUUCUGGACCUCCAGGUCCUCAGGGUUUCCGUGGGGAAGCAGGACCACCUGGGCCUAAAGGGGAACGAGGACGUGAUGGAUCAUCUGGACCUAAAGGUGACUCUGGUGACAGAGGUCUCAGAGGUCUGCAAGGUGAGCCUGGGUUACCUGGGUUGCAGGGUUCAGCUGGAGAGAAGGGAUCAAAAGGAUCAAUGGGACCGCCUGGAGUGGACGGAGUUAAAGGAUCAAGAGGCGACCCGGGUCCUGCUGGGCCUCCGGGACUCAGAGGUCCUAUCGGGCCUCCUGGAGAUUCUGGGAUUCCAGGAACUCCUGGGCUUCAAGGACCACCAGGUAUCGCAGGAAAUCCAGGAAGACCUGGCGCCAAAGGUGAACCUGGUUCGGCUGGAAGAAUCAUCAAUGCAGCUGGCUCCUCUGCCGUCGGGAUCCCCGGACCCCCCGGUCCGGCUGGACCCCCUGGGCCCGCCGGUCCUCCAGGAUUAUCAGGUCCGAUCGGCCCUGCUGGUCUGCCUGGCCAGCCUGGUCCUAAAGGCGACAGAGGCUAUAAGGGAGACCAGGGAGAAGCAGGAGUAUCAGUGAGAACCAGUGAGAGUGUUUCCUCCACCAGGACUCAGAGUCAGUACGGAGCUGCUGGAGGCUCCGGGGUCACACUGCUGCCUGGGCCACCCGGUCCACCAGGACAACCCGGGCCUCCAGGACGUCCAGGGGAUUCAAGACAAGGACCUCCAGGACCACCUGGACCUCCAGGACCAACAGGUUAUGGCAGACCUGGACCCAAAGGAGACAAGGGAGACAUGGGCUUUUCCUCCAGCUCUGGAUCCUAUUACCCUGGACCACCAGGACCUCCCGGACCACCUGGGCCUGCUGGACCUGCUGGGCUUAAAGGAUCACCAGGUUCUCCUGGACCAAGAGGAUACCAAGGUGAACCAGGAACUCCAGGACGACCAGGAAGCUCAGAGAGAGUCUCAACUUAUUCUGGUGGACCGGGACUUCCCGGUCCCCCGGGUCCUCCUGGGCCCCCGGGGGUGCCUGGCCAGCCGGGCUCCUUCUCCUCCUCCUCUGAGAUGCGGCAGUACGUCUCUGAAUACAUCGGCAGAGCCACGAACGCUGGUCUCCAGGGACCUCCAGGUCCGCCCGGGCCUCCGGGUAUUCCUGGAGGCUUCACGGGCUCCAUCGACGACAUCUCCACUCGAAUCAUCGCUUACAUUCAGCGUUCUGGCUCAGGUCUUAAUUUAGGUGUACAGGGACCUCCGGGACCACCUGGGCCUCCUGGACCUGCAUCUGGAUCCUUCUCGGUCGGCAGCCUCAUCGCCAUGCUUCAGAGAGACGACGUGAGGAGGUACCUGUCGGGACCGCCUGGACCACAGGGACCUCCGGGACCACCGGGGGCGUCGGGAGGUCUGUCGGGCUAUUCGGGCAGUUACACCGUGGAGGAGAUCGCCAACUACGUCUUCAACAUCAUGAACGACAGAGGAAUCGCCAGAGGGCCUCAAGGACCACGAGGUCCUCCUGGGCCUCCGGGCCCUGCCGUCUCAGGAGGGUCCGGCUUCACCACCGCCACCAUCGACUACUCUGCUCUGAUAAGAAAUCCAGACUUCCGCUCCUGGAUCAGUUCAACUGUACGGCAAGGCGCCCCUGGUCCUCCGGGCACCCCGGGCCAGCCUGGCCCUCCUGGUCCUCAGGGGCCGCCGGGAGUCUCCACCUCCACCGUGUACGGGUUGGGAGGGCGUGGCUACAGCAUGGAGGACAUCCAGCGCUACCUGCAGAGUUCCGGGUUCAGAGGUCUUCCUGGUCCUCCUGGUCCUCAAGGCCCUCCAGGCCCUCAGGGUCCACCCGGCGGUUACUCUGGGUCGGUUUCCUACAGCGGAACCUUCCCUCGUGAGAGCAUCCGCGCUGAGCUGGAGCAAUAUCUGACCAGCGACAGCGUUCGUCGAACCAUCACCGGACCUCCGGGGCCUCCGGGUCCGAUGGGCCCGAAGGGAGAUCGCGGCGAGCCGGGUUUGAUCCAGAGCUACACGCAGAGCCAGAGCUAUGCUCAGGGCGAUCCUCGCUACAGCUCCUCACGCGGCGGAAUCGACGUCAACGUGCUGGACUACUCCAACGUCGCCGCCAAAGUCUCAGACUACAUCAAGAGUCAGGGCCUGCUGCAGGACUACGUGGGCGACGGGUCUCUGAGGGCCAACGUCCGAGCCAUUCAGGGUCCGCCCGGACCCCCCGGUCCCCCCGGAGUGCCUGGUCACAGCCGCGUCUUCGCGUCGUACGGCAACAUCACCGCCGACCUGGUGGACUUCUUCAGAGUCUAUGGCACCAUUCCCGGCCCCCCCGGGACCCCCGGACCAAAGGGAGAAAGAGGUUACCCAGGGCCCAGAGGAGAGAAGGGCGAUUCCGGACCGCCAGGUUUGCCUGGACUGCCAGGGGUGUACACGGUCCAGAUUCCACACCGGCAGAAGAGGGACACAGGUGAGACGGUGGUCAGUCGCCGCCGCCAUCGCCGCCACACCGGCAGUGCCUAAAAGGUCGGACAAACUACUGGAGCACGUCGCGUUUCAUUUCAGAUUUUCCUCAACUUCUUUAUUUUGUUUUUUUUUUUGUUUUUGUAGGUCAAUAACUGUACCAAUGCAAAAAAAAAAAAAAGCUGGUUUUUGCUGUUUCCAUUUGUAGAAAAGUCAGUGUGAGUGAAUAAAAGCAGCCAUGAAAUGCAUCAGCGUCUUUAAAGCUUUAGUAGAGGUUAGGAUUCAGCUGCUGGUCGGUGUUUUUGGGACACAGACCUCCGUUUCUUUCAUUGUUUUUGACAUAUGGGUGUAUAAUGUUUACUUUGCUUCGCCAGAUGCUUGCCGUCACUUUGUUUUUCCCCCCCACAGGGGCAUCCUCAUCUGAGAAUAUAUAUAUUUUUAAAGCAAUAACAAGCAGUUGCUGAUAUUUCAAAUUGCACUUUGCAUCUUUUUUGUUCCACUGAGUGUCUGGUGUACGUUUGUUUUUUGUUUUUUUUGUAACUGUUGCCUUUUGAGGAUUAUAUUUGUACUGAGGAUUAUGUAGGCGUUAACAGUAUCUGCUCCCACGAUCCAAAUUAUCCGAAACCUUUUGCUCCAUAAGUGCAUAGGUCACUGCAUCCUGUCGACUCGGUCUCAGAUGGUUUUAGGACGGGAGGGGGUUUUCCACUUUAACGUUCAUGGCUUACUUGAAAGGUUGGUAUAAUUGAAAGAAGAGACGUGAAUCACGUUUGUGUGACUGAAACCGCAGCGACUCGAAUGAUCACGAUCGAUUGGAUUGUAUAUUUUUGUGUAAAAGCGCACUGAAUUUGAUAUAUUUUCUUUAUACCUUUACAUGUUGGAAGAAUAAAUUAUAAAGUGUU